GUGACCGGCGCUCAGCGUGCACAGUUUGGCGCCAGCGUUUUCGCGGGGAGAGAAACACAUUGGAACUCUGAGAAGAGUGUUGACUCUGAAAAAUAUUUUAUUUUCUUGCGGGCAUUUAAUGCGGGCGAUGUAUAAUCGUUCAUGAUAUCUUCAUCUUCUUCUGCUGCUGCUGCUUUGUGUGGUACAUCAAGAGUAUUGAGGGGGUAAGGAUGAUGGCGACGGUGCACCCCACCACCUCCAGCCUCGUCCCGCUCCUGGAGUCCCUGGAAGACCCCGCCGUGGGACAGGUGGAGCAGACCGACGCCUACCUGACCAUCGCAAGCCGUCUGAGCGGAGAGGAGGGGAAGCACUUCCUCCCUGCCGUCGCUAAGCACUUUUCACGCCUUGGGAAGGUUUUCCAGGCUCACAUCGCCAGCCCGAACGUGGAGCUGUGCCAGGCCGCGCUACAGGCCUUGGGGUUCUGCGUGUUCCACGGCGCCAUCGUCUCCGGAAUCCCAGCCAACUUCAUGGAGGAGAUCCUGACAGCUCUCAACAGCAUCGUUGUGAAAUCCACGGACAAGAACACGUGCACCCGCGCCCUGUGGGUCAUCUCCAAACAGAACUUCCCCUCUGACGUGGUGUCCCGGAAGGUACCAGACAUCCUGAAAACACUGGAGGCCGUGCGGUCGCGAGAGGACCUCCAGUCAGUCAUCAUGGAACACGAGGCGUUGAACGUGGUGAUAAGGCUGUUGGAGCAGACCCCCAGUCCGAUGGGGGAGGGGGCGGUGCAGUGGGCGAAGCUGGUGAUCCCCCUGGUGGUCCACUCGGCCUCGAAGGUCCGUCUGCGGGCGGCGGCCGCCCUGGAGAUGGGGAUGCCCCUCCUCCUCCAGAAGCAACAGGAAGUGGCGGCCGUCAUCGAGCCCCUCAUGUCCUCUAAACUCAUCCCUGAGCUCCAGAAGCUCUUCUCCACCAAGAACGAGAGCAACGUGCUGAAGCUCUGGCCUCUGUUCGUCCGGCUCCUGGGCAAGGUCCUCCACAGAGGAGGCCCCUUCAUCAACUCCCUGCUGCACCUGGAGGAGCUGGGCUUCCGCAGCUCCUCGCCCAUCAUCAAGAAGAUCGCCUUCAUCGCCUGGAAGAGCCUCAUCGACAACUUCGCCCUCAACCCAGAGAUCCUGUGCAGUGCAAAGCGCCUGAAGCUGCUCAUGCAGCCGCUGAGCUCCAUCCAGGUGCGGACGGAGGCGCUGCUCCUCACCAAGCUGGAGGUGUGGUGGUACCUGGUGGUCAAGCUGGGGCCCAGCCUGGCUGUUAACUUUGAACAGGUGGCGGUGCCUCUGCUCCAGAUCGCCGUGUCCACAGAGUCUCCGCUCCUGUCUGUGAGCACGUCCUCGCGCAACUGCAGCCAGAACACCAGCCUGGCCACGCCCAAAUCAGGCAGCCACCCCUUCAGCAGCCCGGCCUCCACGCCGCGCCUGGGCCUGAACAGCAGCUCCAGCGCGCAGCCGGCCUACCCGUCCAUACAGCUGCUCGGGCUGGAGAUGCUGCUGCACUACUUCCUGGGGUCAGAGGUCACCGCCGCCGCUGCCAAGAGCAAGCUGCAGCUGAACCUGGAGCCCCUGACGCACCCGCUGCUCACAGGCCCCUCCUCCUUCACCAAGCACGCCGCCGUCCUCAUCUCCGCCGUGCGUGACAGCUUCAUCGGCAUCGGAAAGGACGCUCCAGAGGCCUUGCUCACCCUCAUCUGGAAGAGCCUCAUUGGUUUUGUAACCGCGGCGAUGGAGACUGCAGGCAGUAAGAAGGACAGACCUGGCUCUGAGGUCCUCACCCUGCUGUUGCAGGCCCUGGAGUCAAUCGUCACGUCAGAAGCCCUGCCGGCCCAGCGCACUCUGGGUCUGCUGGAGGCCACAGUGAAGGGGAUCCCCCAUAAGGUCCUGGGCUCUGCGGCGUACCAGGUGGCCAACAUGGACGUUUUAAAUGGCACGCCGGCCCUGUUCCUCAUCCCACUGUUCCACCACAGCGGCGCGCUGCCCUGCUUCGUCACGGACGAGCGGUUCUUCCUGUGCCUGGAGACCCUGAUUGGCUGCGGCCUCUCGGGCCCCGCCUCCCCGCUGGCCUUCAGCGAAUCGGUGCUGGGGGUGAUGAGCCGCAACGCGGAGGCCAUCGAGAACGGGGAGCACCUGUGGAGGAUGUGGAGCAUCGUGGUGAACCCCCUGACCGACACCAUCACCCAGACCAACGAGGUGAACCAAGGCGACGCCCUGGAGCACAAUUACACGGCCCUCCUCCGCGCCCUGAUCUUCCCCGUCACACACCUGCUCAUCGGCCACGCCCUGUCCCAGAUGACGCAGAAGUCCCUGCUGUCCACGUGGUCCCGGCUGUACAGGGCUUUCGCCCGCUGCUCCGCCUUGGUGGCCACCGCCGAGGAGAACGUGUGCUGCGAGGAGCUGUGUGCCAAAAUGGCCGUCAUCCUGGACUCCAAGGUCCUCUCUAAUCCCCCGACCCUGGAGGCUGUGGCCAGCCUUCUGCUCGUCGUUAUUGAGUGUGUGGACUUCACUCCGUACACCCCCCACUAUCAGAAGACCAAAUCACCCCACACGCCCCUGGGCUGGGUACGGAAGAAGAACAAGGCCCUGGGGAACCUGAGCACUCAGCUGUGGGCUGGCCCUCUCUCUCUCUCUCUCUCUGUCUCUAUCUCUCCCUCUAUCUCUGUUUCUCUCUCUCUCUCUCUCUCUCUCUGUCUAUCUCUCCCUCUCUAUCUCUCUUUCUCUCCACUCCCCCCUCCCCUCUCUUUCUGUCUCUCUUUCUUUCUCCCCCUCUAUCUGUCCCUCUCUCUCCCUCCCCUCUACCUCCCUCAUAGACUUUUGAUUCUGCCUUUUUCAUGCCUAAUAAAUCUCUGGUGUGGUGUAUUAUCAAGUGCUAUGGUUAAAUACGUAAUUUGUUUCACUUUUGUGUUGUUUAGACCUCAGAAUGAACAGCCGAAGUUCUUCACCGGUCUUGGACCAAAGCUGGAAAAGCUGCUGGGCGAGAUUCUGGGCUGCCUGCAGACGCGCUCCUCUCUGGUGUUCGAUGACGAGCUGCUGGCCCUCCUGGCGCCCCUGCUGCGCGCGCUCUUCCCGCAUCGCAGCAAGCCGCUGCGCAACCUCGCCACCCAGUUCUGGAACGCCACUUUCGCCCACGCCCCCACCCUCACCUACCCCGAAGACCUCAAGCCAAUUCUGAGCCAGGUGAAGCAGAAGAUGCCCAUCAUUUUGCCUGGCUUUCAAGCCGUUGAUGUGCCUGAAGAGUUCAGUGGACAGUACUCUGGGGAGUCCUCCCAGAUGGAGACCCAAAUCAGCGGGGUGAAGAUCGCAUCGGUGGGGAAGAGGGACUCUCUGCUCUCCAGGGCCGAGGAGCUGAGGGAAAAGGGUUCCGGUGGCCCGUCCAAGCCCAUCGCUGUGAAGCUGGAUUUCGGGACUCCCAAAGUCCCUCGUCGUGAGCUGCUGGAGGAGGAGGCUUCGAUGGAUUUUGUCUUCAUACCCCCUGAAACCAAGGAGAGAGUGCUGACAGAGCAUCAGAAAGAGGUCAAGAGAACCAAGAGGGUUGAUAUUCCUGCAAUGUAUAAUAACCUUGAUGCAUCUCUGGACACAACGGCCUUUACCCAGUACACACAGAGCCAAGAAGAGUCUAUGGAUAAACUACCAGCCAGUGACGAACCUGCAGGACCAGAGGCUGAUGGCCAGGCUCAGGUUCAAGAUGAAAAAAUGGAAACUGAAGAAGCCCCUGAGCCGGAUAUGGGACCGAACCAGGAGGACAUGGAUGUGGGUCCCGUGGCAGACUCGACGGGAGACGAGGCCGACAAAGAGGAAAGACCUGCUCCUCCCAAAGAGGUGGAGCCUAAAUCUGAAGACGGGCCCCCUGAGCAGGAUGAUCGCGUGGCCGAGGAGACCGGCGAGAGCGGGGGCGACGACUGCGACGCCUCGGCCUCCUCGGAUGUGGUGUCCGGCACGCCGCCCAAACCCAACAGCCGGCGGCAGUCCUUCAUUACCCUCGAGAAGUACAUGGAGGGCAAGCCGGCCAGCCCCAUCAGAGUGACGAAAUUCACAGGCCCCCACAGCAGGGCCUCCGGCAACCAGGACGCCUCAAACUCCCAGCAGAACGACGUGGCCUCUGAGGUCCCCGCUGAGGCUUCGACGGGCGUGGAGGCCGUUGAGGUCGCACGGGAACCCGGUCGGCACGGGGACGCCGGCGAGCGGCAGGCGUCCUCUCGGGUGGAGGCGGAGAAGGAGGAGCAGCCCCACCCCCGGGUAGAAGAAGCGGAGAAACGUCGCAGUGAGGGCACGGAAGAUGAGGACGACAUCAUUCCUGAUACUCAGGCUGGAGCGGGCUCCGCGGAGGCUGGGAAACGGGAGACCGCGGCCUCUGCAGAGGACGCCGUACCGAUGAAGGACGAGGACUCCUGUGCGGACUCGACGUACGACAGUUGCGAAGACGGUUAUCUGAAUGAUUCCCAGUGCUCGGAGGUCUCUGCCAGCCCGUCAGAAAUCAGACGGUCUAGUCGACGCAGGAGUAGGCCGCUGCGUCCAGGUGAGGACAGGGAAGAGGUGGAGGGAAGGUACAAGCAUAGUACAUCACAGGCCCAACCAGGUAGUCAGAGCAAAAUGCCUGCUGAGGCACAGGAAGGUGACCUCAAAGAGAGGCUUAGGAAGACCAGAGCUAGUUCACAGACUGCCUCCCCACCGUCGGCUCAAAAUGAUAGCCAGUCACUGGGCAGAGUAACCAGAAGAAAAUCAGCUGGUCCUGCAGAAGAGCAAGUGAGCAAAACUAAAUCUGAGACUGCUUUAUCCAAACCCGUCAGUCAAACGGAUAGCCAGUCACAGGGACGAUCCAGUAGGAGGAGCAAGGUGGGUGGCUCUGCAGAAGAGAUGAGCCAAACGGAUUCACCAUUGGCCUUAUCUAAACCUGUCAGUCAAACGCAGGAAAGACCCAGUAAGAGGACCAAAUUAUCAGACCCUGCGGAAGAGAUGAGCCAAACUGAUACGCAAACAAGCUUAUCCAGUCAAACCGAUAGCCAAUCACGGGGCAGACCAGGUAGGAGGAGCAAGGCAUCUGGUCCUGCAGAAGAGAUGAGCCAAAACGAUGCGCAAACAAGCUUAUCCAGUCAAACAGAUAGCCAAUCGCAGGGCAGAUCAGGUAGGAGGAGCAAAGUGUCUGGCCUUUCUGAAGAAAUGAGCCAAAAUGAUAAGCUGAUGACCUUAUCCACACCUGUCAGUCAAACAGAUGGCCAGUCGCAGGGCAGACCAAGUAGGAGGAGCAAAGUAUCUGGCCCACCAGAGGAGAUGAGCCAAAACGAUACACAAGCAAGAUUAACUACACCUGUCAGUCAAACAGAUGGCCAAUCACGGGGCAGACCAAGUAGGAGGAGCAAAGUAUCUGGCCCACCAGAGGAGAUGAGCCAAAACGAUACACAAGCAAGAUUAACUACACCUGUCAGUCAAACAGAUGGCCAAUCACGGGGCAGACCAGGUAGGAGGAGCAAGCUGUCUGACCCUCCAGAGGAGAUGAGCCAAACUGAUACACAGGCAAGCUUAUCCACACCUGUCAGUCAAACAGAUAGCCAAUCACGGGGCAGACCAGGUAGGAGGAGCAAAGUAUCUCGCCUUUCAGAGGAGAUGAGCCAGACCGAUACACAAACAAGCUUAACCACACCUGUCAGUCAAACAGAUGGCCAAUCACGGGGCAGACCAGGUAGGAGGAGCAAGGCAUCUGACCCUUCAGCAGAGAUGAGCCAAACUGAUGCUCAGACAGGUUUAUCAACACCUCUUGGUCAAAAUAAUAGCCAAUUGCAGAGCAGAUCAACUAGGAACAGCAAGGCAACUGAUCCUACAGUGGAGGUUAGCCAAACCGACUUUCACCCUGCCUUAUCCACACCUGUUAGUCAAACAGAUAGCCAAUCACAGGGCAAACCAAGUAAGAGGAGUAAGACUGCGACAGAGUUGAAUGUCGGCUCUAGUCUGUGUUCCGCAUCUGCGAUAGAGUCUGAACACUCACAGUUGACAGAUAAAGGUGAAGGGACACAGGAGUCCAGGCAAGAUUUGGGUCAGUCCAAGACGAGAGGGUCCUCCCAGGUCUUGUUGUCUGGUAUUGAAAACUCUGAGUUGAAUCUCUCAGAGACUCAGAGUGAUGAUAGCCAGAAAUCCUCUAAAAGAGGUAGGAGAAGCAAGCUGUUGAACUCCAAGGCUGUGCCUCCAAGUCCGCUGAAUACCCAACAAGUGCCCGAAGGUUCAGAGGAAAUGGGUGCAAUUGAGUCCACUUCUGAAGUUGAAAUGGAAGACUGCGAACUCAGUCAAAAGACUGAAUCAAAGUCUGUCCCAGUUAACACGGAUGCUGAGGCUGUAGAGCCUUCUGAGGAAAAGGAAAACGAAAAUGUGACGGAGAUUAUGGUUCCUGACGGUACCGCCAACGUCAUUGUGGAAUCGAGGGCUGAACUAAAGGCCGCGUCGGAGGCGUUUGCAAAUGUACCUUCCGAAAUGCAGGAGGAGAUCUCGGAGCCUUCUGCGGAACAUUCCACAGAAACCCGAGACCUUGCUGUCGACAGCCAGAAAGCGCAAACCGAGCGGGGCCAUCGUCGCUCGCGCUCCAACUCCGCGGCGGCCGACGUGGAGGACGCUCUGUCUCAGGAUUGCGGCGUCUCCAGCUCACAGGGCUCCACUGGCUCUCCAGACCCGGGGGAAAUCGCGGUCCCGCCGGCCCCCAGCGAGCCGCUCUCUGACUCCAAAGCGGCGUGUCCUCCUCAGCCAGAGGAGGACGCACCGUUGCCGCAGCAACAGGAGGAGGACGCCACCACCGAAGCGAACGACGACGUGUUCCUGGAGGCGAACGCGACGAGCACCCCGAAGCUCUCCGAGUGCCUUCCGGCUGCUUCCGCGAGCGACGCCGAGGAGACUGCGUGGAGCACGACCGCGGGGGAAAAGUGGAGGACGUGCGAUUCUGAAACCCCGUCUGGGGUUCAGCUUUCCGACCCGGCGGAGGACGUGGAGGACGGUCAGCAGCAGGACGCCGAUGCGCCCCAGGUCACGGACGUGGCCGAGAGCGCGGUGGAUCCCGCCAAGGAGCAGGCAGACGAAGAGAACUCUGCAAUGCAAGAGCAAGACGUAAACCAACAGGAAGCCUUUGUUUCUGCCCAAGAGCAAAAUGCCCCAAAAGAGGUGGUACUAGAGGAGGCGGAGGAGGACAGAGUUCCCCAAAUGGACAGUGACGUGCCUAUUGCUGCUGCUGCCGCUGAUACCGCUGCUUUCCCGGCCCUGCCCGAGGAACCUGCAGCCCCACAGCAGGCGACAGCAGAGCCCUUGUGCCUGGACUCUCCGCUCAAACAGAAGCUUCUGGACUCCGUGGCGGGAGAGUUGGGCCAGAGCCCCAGCAGCGGGAAGAGUAAGGGUGUCUGGUCCCCCUCAGCGUCUCCUUCCACCAGCAUCCUCAAGAAGGGGCAGAAGAGGCCUCUGGAGGUCGAGUCACCUUCCCCCUUGCAGAAGUCUCGGCGCGUGUCCUUCGCCGACCCGAUUCACCACCAGGAGCUGGCCGACGACAUCGACCGGCGCAGCCCAGUCAUCCGACAGUCCGGCGGCAGCUCGCCCAGAUCCAAAAACAUGGCCGCCGUCUCAUCGCAGCAGAAGUUUGUCACCACUCCAACCAAGGGCCUGUUCACCCUGAGUCCACGCAACUUGCGAAGCCCAGGAUUCAAGAGCUCCAAGAAGUGUUUGAUCUCUGAGAUGAGCCAGGAGCCCAAGCCCAUUCCCCGGGACUGCGUGUACCCGGCCCUGGUCAGCUGCUCUGCCCCUGUGGAGGUCGUCCUGCCCCAGAUAUCCUCCAACAUGUGGCCUCGUGGAUUUGGCCAGCUGGUGAGAGCCAGGAACAUCAGGACCGUGGGGGACCUGAGCGCCCUCACCCCCACCGAAAUAAAGUCCCUCCCCAUCCGCUCCCCGAAACUGUCCAACGUGAAGAAAGCACUGAAGAACUAUCACGAGCAGCAGCGGAAGGGUCGAAACGACGAGUUGAAGGGAUUCGAUGAGAUGGAGAAGAUGACGUCCGAACCAGAGGAGAUGGAGAUGGCCCAUCACCAGGAGGAGGGAAAGCCCCCAGGCGAGCAGGUCACAGACGCGGAGUCGGCGGACGUCCCGGCCCCUCCCCCCGCGGAGCAGACGUCCGUGGAGCUGCCGUCCGCGGUGGAGGCGCUGGGCGCGCGGCUCACGGCGGGCGAGCUGGGCCGGUGCUCGCCGGGCCAGCUGGUUCUGAUGCACGAGCAGCUCGGGGGGAUGAUGAGAGCCAUCGUCGCCCAGCUGCAGGCCCGCCUGGCGCCCAGCGCGGGAGAGAGCCUGCCUUGACUGCGGUUCGGAUCUCCCCGACGACGGCUUGGAUCUCCUCGACGACGCGGAUCUCUUCGCAGAUCUCCCCGACGACUCCCUGUGUCUUAACCAGAUCGGACUGGGUUCACUCACACCCCCCCCCCCCCCCCCGCACAUACCUCCUUCCUGGAGAUUUUUUAGUUUAGAUUUUAAUCUGUUUUUUUUUUUUCUUUUUCUUUUUACAUUUUUAACUAUGUAAAUUUCACUACAUUAACAUUCAAACAGGUGAUUCUCGCUGCUUGUCUGAAGCCAGUGGCGGAGUUAUUGGUGUUGCUAUGCCAACAGUGAGAUCAUAGGUCAACGUGUCGCCCUGAAUGGUAGCACUCUGGACAUGCCACGGUUGGGCAUGACCUUUUAAACAUGCUAGUCGACAGAUCAGACGGCACUUUUUUUAUUGUAUAUGUUGAAAUAAAAGAGUGAAAAGGUUUUUGCAAAAAAAGACAA